GCCCGCCAACCUGGAAUAGCCCUCGCUAAAGCUGGCACUGGCAGGGAGGCUGCUGUGGCAUUUGGACUGUCCUCACACCCUGUCCUCCUCACCUGGAGGUGGCCCAGCCGAUUCCUGGCCACCUUGACGUGGAACUCAGAGACCCCGGCCUGCCCAUCCCACUCCAGGGAUACCCUCCUCCCACUGCCCGCAGGGCCCCACCAGUGAUAAGAGGCUUUGGCCCGUGUGGGCUGGGGUUGCGUUUCCCUGCUUUUUGUCUUUUCCCCAGUGCUUGUCAAAAGCAGGCCAAGGGUGGCAGCCUCAAAGACGCCACGGCCUGUGGAGAGAAGCCUGACCCCAUCCCCUUUAUCUGUGGAUGCGUCAGGGACCCAGAGGCUCUAGGACAGGGCUUUGCUCUGCUCCCUCAAGGCCAGGGUCGAGGAGCCGGUGGCUCCAUUCUUCUCUCACCAGGAUGACUGGUUCUGGAAGAUUCUAUGGACCCCCCUUUGUGGGGCUUCUCCAGCUCAGGGAAACCUGAGCUCAGUAAUUGGGGAAAAAGCAUCCUCAGGAGCCCAAAAGGAAGGCCAAGACUGUGUGGAGAAAAAGCAGCUGGUCUUUCCCCUGUUCUCUUCCUCCCGUCACCAGGGGUCGAUCUGUGUUUCUGAACUUGCUGUGUGGUGGAAGGAGCCGCUCCCUUUUCUGGUGUUGUCCCAGAGCUGCAGUCGCCUGUCUGGCAUUCAGGGACAGGUGUUGGGGUCUGGCUGAGGUGUGGGCAGACAGGACUUGGGAAGGGGUGAGCUGUCCAGCCAGUCAGAUCGGCUCUCCUAGUUUGUGGAGAAGAGAGAGACCAGUUUCUGUCAAGGGGGAGGACUGAGCUUGUCAGUGGGGCUGGGGCCAGACUUACGUCUUCCUGAGCCUAAGGCACAGUGAGCAGGCAGGGUCUCUGAGGCAUGCUGUCUUUUAAAACUUGCACUGACAUCCGACCCGCUGAGAGGCAUGUGGCCUUCUCAGGGCCAAGUCCCAUUCACUCCCUGGCCCCCAAGUGCCUCUUUGACCUCACCUCUCCCUCCCUCCUCUGGCCUUCCCUUAGCUUCUUCAAGGUCUUUUCUCCCCUAGCAAGUGCUCUCUAGGCCCUGUUUCAGCUCCCCUAGCUGUGCGCCUCUGCUGGGGUCAGGAUGAACCCCCGUGUGGGCUCCAAGGGCAUCUCAGAACCUUCCGAGUGUCCUGGACGAGAAGGACUAUUCUGUGUCUUGUUCCAGCCCUAUGGUCUGUGGGAUGACGCUCACUCACUUCUAUGCAUCCUUCGUGGAUCCCAGGCUUCUUUCCCAAGGUUGCCUCACUGGGACCAUUGUCCCCACUUCACAAAGGAAGACCCCAAGCUCCCCACCCCCACCCCCAUCUCCCAGGUGGCAGAGCGAGCUCUCAGGACCUAGAGCCCUAGUGUGUUCCCCACCACACCAUGGCAGUCUGCAAAGGGCUGAGGGCCACGCUGGUCACGUGCUGCUCAUGGCAGCCCCGUGUGCGGGCCUGGAAGCAUCCACCUGACCUCACUCUCUCUAGAACAGAUAGCAGAAGCUUGGCCAACUGUGUAUGAUAUGCAUGCUGUGUCACAUGCAGGCCACACUGCCAGGGCCACUAGCCAACCGGUAACUGAGCCUGCUCCAGCUCUCCAGAGGGUCUCGAGUCGAAGCUUUUCCAAGGGAUUGUGAGGAAGGGAAAAGCCAGCCCGUGUGUGCUUUACUUGCCCUCUUGAGAGUGGGGCCCGAGAUCCCUCAGGGUCUACCCUCCUGGGAGCAGGGCUGUGACAUCCCACCCAGCCCAGAAACUCUAUUGUGGCUUCUCUGAAGUCUCAAUGAGCGCACUUGCUGCCUCCCGGUGGGUUGAAGCUGCCAGCAGGGUGCGUGACUUCAGGUGCAGAGUCUGGGAGCCCUCCAGUCCUGCCCCAUAGGGCUCUGGCUCCUGGGAUGUAGCGUGGGGGAGCCCCGAAGCCUGGCUGCCCUCAGACUGGAGGCUUGGAGACAGCAGGUGCCACGUGUCACACCUUGGACCCUUCUUUCUGCCUCCUGGGGCUUUGGUUGGGUCCCAGUUCAGGCUGCCCAAGGGGAGAGGCAGAUCUCCUGCCUUCAGAGCCUCUCCUCUACCCCACUCCUGCACACCCCCUGCUCCUUGCCUGCUCCCCACCUGCAGAGACCAUGAGCGUUCUUGGUAUCCUCCAGGCAAGCUAUGACAGGCAUCCCAAGCCCUAUUGUCACAUCGUGGCCCUUGAUUCUGUCUUUGUCCUUCCGUCAGUCUGUCUGUUUCUCUCCUGCUCCUGGUGACAGGACAGUGGAAGGCCGUGGGAGGAGGAGGAUUCAGGCUGAGGUGGGCGGCUCUUUGGCAGCGGGAGGUGCUCGAGCCUGGCGGGGCCGCCAGGUACAGCCCCCAUGGUGCAUAGGAUGGUGGAGGCCAUGUCCCAGCUGCAGGAGGAGAAAGCCCGGCUACAGGAGGAGCUGGCAGCCCUACAGGAGAGGCUGGCCCUCCGAGACAGUGACCAGCAAGCCACAUCCACCCAGCUGCAGAAUCAGACUUUCCUGAGAGCCCAGGCUACCUGGGUCUUGAAGUGGGAGAGGGUGCUGAAGGCUAUUGGGAUGGGGCAGGUGGAAAACCUGAAGGAGAAGCUCAUUAGCCAAGCCCAGGAAGUGAGCCGCCUUCGAUCAGAGCUGGGAGGCACGGACUUGGAGAAGCACCGGGACCUGCUGAUGGUGGAAAAUGAACGGCUGAGGCAGGAGAUGCGGCGCUUCGAGGCAGAGCUGCAGGAGCUGCGGGCCAAGCCGGUGGUCCCCUGCACGGGCUGCGAGCACAGCCAGGAGAGCGCCCAGCUCCGGGACAAGCUGUCACAGCUGCAGCUGGAGGUGGUGGAGAACAAGGGCAUGCUUUCGGAGCUGAACCUGGAGGUGCAGCAGAAGACCGACCGGCUGGCGGAGGUCGAGCUGCGGCUCAAGGACUGCCUGGCCGAGAAGGCGCAGGAGGAGGAGCGGCUGAGCCGGCGCCUCCGGGACAGCCACGAGACCAUCGCCAGCCUGCGGGCCCAGUCGCCGCCAAUCAAGUAUGUCAUCAAGACCGUGGAAGUGGAGUCGUCCAAGACCAAGCAGGCCCUCAGCGAGUCCCAGGCCCGGAACCAGCACCUGCAGGAGCAGGUGGCCAUGCAGAGGCAGGUGCUAAAGGAGAUGGAGCAGCAGCUGCAGAGCUCGCACCAGCUGACCGCGCAGCUCCGGGCGCAGAUCGCCAUGUACGAGUCAGAGCUGGAGCGGGCACACGGGCAGAUGCUGGAGGAGAUGCAGUCCCUGGAGGAGGACAAGAACCGGGCCAUCGAGGAGGCCUUUGCCAGAGCCCAGGUGGAGAUGAAGGCUGUGCACGAGAACCUGGCAGGUGUCCGGACCAACCUGCUGACGCUGCAGCCAGCGCUGCGGACCCUCACCAACGACUACAAUGGGCUCAAGCGGCAGGUGCGUGGCUUCCCCCUGCUCCUGCAGGAGGCUCUCAAGAGCGUCAAGGCCGAGAUCGGCCAAGCCAUCGAGGAGGUCAACAGCAACAACCAGGAGCUCCUGCGCAAGUACCGCCGGGAGCUGCAGCUGCGCAAGAAGUGCCACAAUGAGCUCGUGCGGCUGAAAGGGAAUAUCCGGGUGAUUGCUCGUGUCAGGCCAGUCACCAAAGAGGACGGAGAAGGACCUGAAGCGACCAAUGCUGUGACCUUCGAUGCUGACGAUGACUCCAUCAUCCACCUACUGCACAAAGGAAAGCCUGUGUCCUUUGAGCUGGACAAGGUCUUCUCCCCGCGGGCCUCACAGCAGGACGUGUUCCAGGAGGUACAAGCCCUGAUCACGUCCUGUAUUGACGGCUUCAACGUCUGCAUCUUUGCCUAUGGCCAGACAGGUGCCGGCAAGACCUACACGAUGGAGGGGACCCCUGAGAACCCAGGCAUCAACCAGCAGGCCCUGCAGCUGCUCUUCUCCGAGGUGCAGGAGAAGGCGUCCGACUGGGACUACACCAUCACCGUCAGCGCUGCCGAGAUCUACAACGAGGUCCUCAGGGACUUGCUGGGGCAGGAGCCCCAGGAGAAGCUGGAGAUCCGGCUGUGCCCAGACGGCAGCGGGCAGCUGUACGUGCCGGGGCUGACAGAGUUCCGGGUGCAGAGCGUGGAGGACAUCAACAAGGUGUUUGAGUUUGGCCACACCAACCGCACGACCGAGUUCACCAACCUGAACGAGCACAGCUCCCGCUCACACGCCCUGCUCAUCGUGACGGUGCGCGGGGUGGACUGCAGCACGGGCCUCCGCACCACGGGGAAGCUGAACCUGGUGGACCUGGCCGGCUCGGAGCGUGUGGGCAAGUCAGGGGCUGAGGGCAGCCGCCUGCGGGAGGCGCAGCACAUCAACAAGUCGCUGUCAGCCCUGGGGGACGUCAUCGCCGCCCUGCGCUCCCGCCAGGGCCACGUGCCCUUCCGCAACUCCAAACUCACCUACCUGCUGCAGGACUCGCUCAGUGGAGACAGCAAGACCCUCAUGGUGGUGCAGGUGUCCCCCGUGGAGAAGAACACCAGCGAGACGCUGUACUCCCUGAAGUUUGCAGAGAGGGUGCGCUCUGUGGAGCUGGGCCCUGGGUCCCGCAGGGCAGAGCUCGGGUCCUGGUCCAGCCAGGAGCACUUGGAGUGGGAGCCGGCUUGCCAGACCCCACAGCCCUCGGCACGAGCACACUCAGCCCCCAGCUCUGGGACCACCAGCCGCCCAGGCUCCAUCCGGAGGAAGCUGCAGCCCUUGGGGAAGUCAAGGCCGGUGCCUGUGUGAUGGACGUGUCCACCCUACCAGACCGGGGACUGGGUCGUGAGGCCUUGCUGGCCCGCUCCUGCUGUAGCACUGGGAGCCUAGGAGGCAAAGGCCAGGGUGGAGGCACCUCUUCCACCCCGUCUCCACUCAGAGAUGAGAAACAUGCUCAGAAGGAAAUGUUGUCUCUCGUCCGUGGCUGUGGGUUCAAGUGGCACAGGCCGGAAGGGUAGGGAUGGACCACUCUGCCUGGCAGGCCCGGGCCAUCAGGGGGCCCUCACGGGGAGGGCAGGAGUAUGCGGGAAGGUGGUCCUCUCGCCCAGCCUGGUCUGACUCUCCCCCGCCUGCCGGGCCCGUCUCUAGUGGGUGCUCUGAGGAGCCCCCGGGGGGGCACAGGAACCAUGACACCCGGGCAGUUUGGUGGGCACCCUGGGGCAGCCCUGGCCGCACGCGGGCCCUGUGCUGGACAUGUACAUAGUGUUCUAGGUGUACAUAGGGGCAUGGCCCUCCCCGCCGAGGGCCGGCCUGUAUUUAUGGCUGGCAGGAGGCCAGUGGGUGGGGAUUCUGCUGCUCCCCUCAUCUGCCUGGUACCAGGCUCUCUCCUUGCUCACUGGCCUCUUGACAUCUUCCCCCCCUUUGAAAUCCUAUUUAAGAACUUUUGGAAGCUUAGCCAUUUUUACUUAAAAUAAAAACCUUUUUACACAA